AACCAUUUCUUCUUCAACCUCUCUCCGCUCCCCACGUCUCCGACACUAUUUACAGACACCAUUAGAGAAGCUAAAACGUUAUUUGCAGAGAAACCAUUUAAGAGGAUUAAAAAGAAGAAGAAGAAGAAGAAAUAUGGAUGAAAACAGCAGCAAUGCUCUGAGCACCAGCAAAGCUCGAGGCAACUUCUUCAUAAAAUCCCAGUUGUUAAAGAAACUCACUAAGUUACUUCUUCUCUCAGUCUCUGUUUUUUCUCUCUUCUUCUCCCAGAAAUCUAACUUCCUCUCCUUCCUCCAUUCCUGCAACUUCUUCUCCCACGCCAUUGACAAGAACUUCAUGUUCCUUCUCUGCAAUGGACUCGUGGUUUUUGUUGCCAAAUUCUCAGGCUUAAUCACCUCCAGUUCCUCUUCUUCAUCACCAUCGAGGCAAAAUAAUAAUAAUAAUCUUCUUGGCUAUGAUGAUGAUCAGUCCUUGAUGAUUAUCAACAACUAUGAAGAUGUUCGCGAACAGUUCAAAUUAUCAGUAACAAUAAUGGAGAAGGAAACUGAUGCUGGAGAGGAGGUUGAAGAUGAUGUUGCUGCAGCCAUAGAAGAUGAAGUUCCAGUUGCAGAAGAAAAAGGAGGAGAAACUGAGAAGAUCAUUAUGGAAGAUAAAGGAGUAGGAAAAGGGGAAAGUGAGACUUUGUUGAUAAGACGAGAAGAAGAAGAAGAAGAAGAAGAAGACGACGACGACAAUGGAGUCUUAGAUGAUGAUGAAGAAGUACGAUUGGACGUAGAAGGAAAUGGGAAGUUGAGUACAGAGGAACUGAACAAGAAAUUUGAUGAGUUCAUUAGAAAAAUGAAGGAAGAGUUGAGGAUCGAAGCUCAGAGACAAUUAAUCAUGGUUUAAUAUGUAUAAUUAAUAAUUAGAUUAAUGAAGUUAAGUUAGUAUAGAUGUUUGCCGCCAUAUAAUAUGUUACUCUACUUCUCAUCUUGUAUAUAUAUGGUUAAACCAGCUCUUAAUUGCAUUAAU